AUGAAUACUAGUUUUCGGAUCGGUAUCGAGCUGGAAGUUCUACUCAGCCACCGGAGGAAGACUACGGAGGAGUUCGAAGACCUUGAAGCUUUCGCGAAUACUCUCGUUACUGAUUUGGAAGCGUUCCAUUCUCGCACAAGCCGUCGUCCUCGGCCUCGAGUUCAUAAUGAUGUUAACGGAGUUUACGAAGGGGAUGAAGAGAAUGAGUGGUCUCUCACUGAUGAUGUAACAAUCAAGCCAGAUGACAACGAUCAAUGGCCGCUGGAACUUGUUUCUCCAAUUCUCUCCUACAAUAAGCAAGGUGAUUGGCGAGACGAUGUUCGAGAAUUAUUGAGAUCCGUGCGAAAGAUUUGUCGAAUUGAAAGCAAUUCCUCAUGUGGUCUUCACGUGCACAUCUCACCCCCAGAUGGCACAUCGUGGGAUCUUGACAGCCUGAAGUCAAUCUGCCGUAGUAUCUUCUAUUUUGAGGGCGCCAUCAAUGCUAUCCUGCCGGCUAAUAGACGAAACAAUGAGUACGCUGCCAGCAAUCUAUGUGAGAACUCACGCUUGCGAGGGAAUGAUCUUGGAAAAUGCCUAAGAACCAUUGAUGACUGUCAAAACAACGUUGAUAUCGCAGAUUUGAUGAAUGACAAUGGAAAAAGAUACUUUGCUUGGAAUUUCACGAAUCUUUACUAUGGUGGAAAAUCUACCGUCGAGUUUCGCCAAGCGCCAGAAGUGUCUGAUGAAUCAGAAUGUCUGCCAUGGAUCGAAUUUGUGGUGUUGUUCAUCAAUUCUUCGCAGAGGAUGUCAGAUCACCAACAGCUAUCUCGAUUUUCUCGGAAUGUUCGUGGCCUACUAGAUUUCCUCAUGGAGUCUGAUAUAUCUGGAUCUGAUCAUGCAGCCCUUCACAAGUUAUUCCGAGGAAAGUCCGGCUCUAUUGAUCCUGCCCCUGCAAAGACACUCACCACAGAGGAAAGAGAGACUUUCAGGGCAAAGGAGAGUGAAGCAAGGGCUAGAAACUUAAUCAUGAAGAAGCUACAAAGGAUAUGA